GCUUGGGUGGAGCACUACGACGACCUCUUCGGGGAUGGUCUCGCUGCUGUCUAGGUUUCCGGCCUUUCGGUGGUGCGGUGCCUCGCCUUGGCUGGUUUAGCUUUCUCUCUUUUUGCGGCUUACCUCUCUGCUAUUUCUACGGGACUGUGGGUUGCGGUCAGUGAUGCAUUGGCUUUUCGGAAACUAUA